AUGGACUUCAAUCAUCCUACAGUUCUCCUUUUCGGAGACGUCACGGACCCAUGGGUUGAUGGCAUUGAUUAUGUCUACAGUCAAGCCGCAACCAGACCAUGGCUUCGGUCCUUCCUGGGUGACCUCUUCUCGGUCCUGAAGGCAGAGAUAAGGACCAUGGAUCGAACAUUGCAAGACAGUUUUAGGGAUUGCUCCGGGUUCCAAGAGCUCGCUGACCGAUAUCGAUACACCGGCGACGACUUUGGGAUGGCGCAUGCCAUGCUGAUUUAUGCUAUCAGAGCCGUGCUCCUACUAGAGGCUAUCAGCGCCGAACCACAAUUGCUGGACCCGGGCCGGCCCAGACCGGAGUUGAUUGGUGUCUCCGGAGGUCUAUUCAGUGCUUCAGUCGUGUCAAUCGCGACGAAUUUCACAACUCUUUAUGACACAUGUCUCGAGGCGGGUCGGGUGUGGACAAGACUCUGCAACCUCACUUUGGUGAAGUCAAGGGCCAUGGAGGAGUCCCCUGGAACCUGGGGUUGGGCUGUCCUUGGAAUACAGGCUGAAGAGCUAGAUAAAACCCUGGAGCAGUUCCAAAAUUCAAUGGGAGUUCCGCCUGCCAAAAGAGCCAGGGUUGGUGUCACCGGAGACAAAUGGAGCACCGUCAUCGGACCACCUUCUAUCUUGGAGCUCGCCUUGAACGAAUGUCCUGGACUGAAGAAACUUCCAAAGAACGAGCUCAAUAUCCAUGCUCUUCAGCAUCCCCUAGACAUCUCCGAAGCCGAUCUUGACUAUAUUGUCGGCAAUUCUCCACUUCUGAAUACACCUUUACCCCCGGGUAUAGGAUAUACGGCCUGGAUGAUGAUCACCUUGGCGAGGCCUUUGAGCAUUGUACAAGCCGUCAGCAAGCUCGACGACAACCUAGGGACAUCACAGCAUGUUGAUUUCAAGAUCAUGGGUCCCAGCAGCCACGCUGCAUAUAUUGUCAAAGUUCUCCGAACUGCCGGAAGGGAAGUUUCUCUUCAUGAUGAUAUAUCCGCCAGACGGACGACGCCAGAAAGCCAAGACGGGAUUGCCAUCGUCGGCAUGGCAGGAAAAGGACCCGGUAGCGAUGACCUCGACGAAUUCUGGGACGUGAUCUUGAAAGGGCUUGAUCUCCAUCAAGAGGUUCCCUCCGAUCGCUAUGACUUGGAGGAAUACUACAGCCCCAAGCAUCCCUCGGCUGGCCCCGGCAAAUGCACCAUGACCUGCAAGCAUGGCUGCUUCAUGAAUAACCCCGGACACUUCGAUUCGAAAUUCUUUCACAUCUCGCCCCGAGAAGCUUUGUUGAUGGACCCCGCUCAUCGAUUGUUCCUUAUGAAUGCGUACGAGGCCCUCGAAAUGGCCGGGUAUUCGGACGGCCAGACCAAAUUGACGGAUCCGACCAAGAUCGCGACCUUCUUCGGUCAAUGUAAUGAUGAUUGGCAUGUCGUUGGCCAUCGCACACUGGGGUGUGAUGCGUACACCUUACAGGCUGUACAACGUGCAUUCGGACCGGGUCGACUGGCCUUUCAGUUCAACUGGGAGGGGCCGACUUAUGCCCUCGAUUCUGCAUGUGCAGCGACCAGUUCCUGCAUCCAUCUUGCCUGCAUGAGCCUGAUGACCAGAGACAUCGAUAUGGCCGUUGCAGGGGCGGCCAACGUGCUGUCCACCCCGCAUUCAUUUACCAGUUUGAGUCGAUCGGGCGUCUUGUCCGACUCUGGGAACUGCAAGACGUAUCGCGAUGAUGCCGAUGGGUACUGUCGGGCCGAUUUCAGUGGCGCAGUGGUGCUAAAACGACUUGACGAUGCCAUUGCUCACAACGACAAUAUCUUGGCGGUCAUAUCAUCCUCGGCCAGGAACCACUCGGGCAAUUCUACAUCCAUCACUACAUCUGAUGCGGCCGCCCAGGAACGAUUGUUCCGUAAGGUCCUUCGAAAUGCACGGGUGACCCCUGAAGAUAUCUCCUAUGUUGAGAUGCACGGAACAGGUACCCAGGUUGGCGAUAAAGCCGAAAUGGGCGCGGUUUCGAGUGUCUUUUCGAAACGGCGUGAUGGAGAUCUUCUGCCGGUGGGAGCUAUCAAGGCAAACAUCGGCCACAGUGAAGCAGCUGCAGGAAUGUCUUCCCUGCUCAAGAGCAUCCUCAUGUUUCAAAAGGGGACAAUACCACCACAGGCCGGGAUGCCUCAUACCCUCAAUCCCAACUUCCCACCACUACAUGAGAUUAACAUAAAGAUUCCUUCGGAGCCAUUGGAGUUCAAGGCUGCCGGUGGCAAGCCGAGACGUAUUCUCCUCAACAAUUUCGAUGCCGCAGGCGGUAACGCAUGCCUACUCCUGGAGGAGUACACGCAUACGAAAGAGAGAGGAGCAGACGUGAGGUCGGCCCACACCAUUGUGACCUCUGCAAGAACACAGUCUUCACACCUCCUGAACAAACGACGACUACUCAAGUGGCUUCGAUCAAAUUCCAACACUCGCAUCGAGGACCUUGCCUACACAACUACAGCAAGAAGGAUGCACCAUCCCAUUAGGUUCGCGCUGACAGCAUCAACGACAAACGAGGCCAUUUCAAAGCUCGAGUCCGAGGUUGAACGCAGUAGCGACUUCUCUUCUUCGCGGCAUGUCCCCGUCGUCUUUGCCUUCACUGGACAAGGGUCCCACUACGCAGGCAUGGGUGGCGAGUUAUACCGCACAAAUCCUGUUUUCCGUGAGAGAGUCGAUUUGUGUGUUGCAAUCUGCGCCAGCAACAGCUUCCCCCCAUUCUUGGACAUCAUCACCGAGGAGGGAAUUGAUGUGUCUACCAAGUCUGCGGCGCAGGUGCAACUCGCUGUCCUUACCUUGGAGGUGGCCCUCACCCACUUUUGGCGAUCCGUAGGAAUUGAGCCUGCGAUGGUCAUAGGCCACAGUUUGGGGGAGUACGCUGCUCUGCAUACUGCUGGAGUCCUGUCGCUGGCAGAUGCGUUGUAUUUAGUUGGACAUCGUGCCCUUAUCCUCCAGGAGCGAUGCGAAUCUGGGUCUUGUUCCAUGCUUUCGGUGUCAACGUCAGUAGCAAAUGUGCGGGACCAAAUAUCCCAGCUCCAGUCCUCUUCGUGCGGUGUGGCCUGCAUAAACAGCCCGAGUGCUACUGUUGUCAGUGGGACAGCUCAGGAUUUGGCACAAUUCCAGGAAAGCAUCACGGCGCAGGACGCCAAGGUUCGCGCGAAGACGUUGUCCAUCCCAUUUGCAUUCCACUCAUUUCAGAUGGAUCCAAUUCUACAAGACUACAGCUCGAUUGCAGGAGGUGUGACUUAUUCCGAGCCGAAGAUCCCUGUGGCAUCAACUCUUCUCGGAUCUGUUGUCGAUGAACCGGGUGUCUUUGACCAGGACUACCUGGUCCAGCAGACACGCCAACCGGUCAACUUUGUCGGUGGACUCAACGCAGUCAAGUCCAAAUUGAGUGACCCUGUCUGGCUUGAAAUUGGACCAUCCCCGGUUUGCGUAUCUCUUGUGCGCGACACCCUUUCCCCGUCGCCUUCCAAGAUCACGCAUACUCUACAACCGAACACCAGCAAUUGGGCGUCUAUCUCCAAAGCUCUCGCGGCGGCUUACACCAACGGUGUCGACAUCGAUUGGAUCGCACUACACGGACCAUAUGAAAGCAACCUCCAGUUGUUGACGCUCCCUUCCUAUGCGUGGGAUGUAAAGAACUACUGGAUCACCCAUACCGACAGAGUCACCGAGGUUGCGCCGGAGCAUGCUUCGGUCACGGAAUCCGGGCCGUUUGUCUCGACUGCGCACAGUAUCGGACUUUGUUCGGGAAGCGUCUUCUGCGAGGCCGCGUUUGCAGCGGCCAAGUAUGCCCUCGAGCACAGUGGCAGAAAGAACGUGGUCCAGUCCUGGCUCACACUUUAUAACCCCGAGCUGCUCUUGCCCCUUACAAAGAAGCUCGCUGGCGCUGAUGGAAGUCUUAUCACCACCGCUGUGCUGGAUUCUCCGUCUGCAGACAGGAUCUCGGUUACAUUUAAGCUUGCAUCAGGAAGCGCAUCGCAUGAGCUCGGCUCUUGCAUCGUCAAUUUCCGUGACCCAGCUAAGACCCAGGCAGACUGGGACCGGGUAUCGUACUUCAUCAAAGCCAGGAUGGAUGAGGUGAUUAAGAAUGCCAAAGAGGGUUCCGGACAUAGAAUGCAACCGGAAGUCUUCUAUGCGCUAUUCGGCAAUUCCGUCGAGUUCAGCACGGAUUUCCAGGGCGUCGACGAGGCCUACAUCGCCAAAGACUUCCAGGAGGCUGCAGCAGUGGUUACGCUCCCGCACGAUCCUGCUGGGACUCGGUUCACCUUCUCGCCGUAUUGGGGCGAAGCUCUGGUGCACCUGGCUGGCUUCAUGGUGAAUGGAAACCCGAGCAAAUCGCCCCAGAAAACCUUUAUUGUAAUGGGAUUCGAAAGCGUGGAGCUGACAGUCUCGUUGGUGCCUGGGAAGCAGUACGUGGCAUACACUCGCAUUUCCAGAUGGGUCAAGGACACGGCAUACUGUGACGCGGUGGUCUUUGAUCCGGAGACGUCAAACAUUAUUCUCCAAUGCACGAACCUACGAUAUCAGGAGCUCCCCAGGGUGACCUGGAAGCAUGUUCUCGAGAGGGCGCAUGAGACUUCUUCGGCGAGCACCCACAAGGCACCUGUGAAAGAAACCCAAAACAAUGUCCAGGUCAGUAGACAGCCUUUGGCCACAGAGCCAGUGCAGCCACAGGCAACUGAAGCCAAGGAGGACGACGAUGACGACGAGGAGUACCCUCCGGAUGAAGGAUUGUUUGAUGCCAUCUUGGACAGCAUCUCCAAGGCUACAGGUAGCGACUCUUCCGAGUUCACCGAUGACACCAUGGUAGCCGACCUUGGAGUCGAUUCCAUUAUGGCAAUCGAGGUUGUCGCCACCGUCAAGGAGGAAACUGGUCUCGACCUCCCCGCGACAUUCGUUCUCGACCAUCCCACGAUCGGCGACCUCCGUCGCGUCUUUGGAGCAGGCAAAUCAAAGACCCCAAAGUCCAAGCCCAUCUCAACUCCCUCCAGUUCUCGGGCCUCCACGCCAUCAAGCUCCAGUCCCGAACCCACAUCCAUAUCCGAGACAGCCUCCUUGGGCUCCAGCGUGGUCGAUAUCGAAAAGGAUGAUCUCAUAACGCCCCCUCCAGAACGUCAAGACAACAACACCAAGCAACAGGGCAAGCCACCCAUGAAUGUCAUCGGCACAGACACAUCCCCCGCACCGACCGUCAGGAUUACCCUGCUACAAGGACGUCCCGGACCCAAGCGAACUCCCUUCUACAUGAUGGCCGACGGAACCGGCACAAUCGCAACCUACAUCCACCUCCCAGCCUUCAAGUCCAAAAUGCCCGUCUACGGCAUCGACUCGCCCUUCCUCCGCUGUCCAACCCGCCUAACCAGGGAAGUCGGCAUCGAGGGUGUCGCAAAGCUCAUCGUCGACGCCCUCGUGGCCGCCCAACCCAAGGGCCCUAUGAUGAUCGGCGGUUUCUCUGCCGGCGCAAUCGUCGCCUUCGAAGUCAGUCGCCAGCUCGGCAGACUAGGCCGACAGGUAUCCGGUCUCGUGUUGAUCGACAUGUGCUGUCCGCGCUCAAGUCUCCUUGACGAGGAAAAGAUGAACUCCGAAGACGACGCCAGCUUUGCCAUCUUCGAAAACGCCGUAUCCAAAGACGGCCUCUGGAGCGUGGGAAGCACCACACAGAACCAUUUCCGAGCGUACCAUGUCGCCAUGCACGCAUAUCACCCGCCCUACAUGACGGAACAGGAACGGCCCGCUCACACAGCCGUGAUCUGGGCCGAGAAGGGGAUGGUUAAUCGGGUCGUUGGUAACGAGAAGUUGAUGCAGAUGCUGGCGGACCAGGGCAUCCCGACGACGUCGUAUCCGGGCUAUAUGGAGGAUCCGAAGUUGGGUGCGUUUGCCUGUCUUGUGCCGGACAGGACGGAGGCGGACCUCGGACCCAAUGGUUGGGAGAAGUAUACUGCUGGAGAGGUUUUGGCACUGUCAGUGAAGGGAGAUCAUCUUGAUCUGCCGAUGCCGGGACAUGUUCACUUGCUUUAUCAGCAAAUGGAGAAGGCGUUUGCUUAUUUUCAGUGA